UCUGGCUGCGAUUGAUUGAUUUCUUUCAUGCACUCGUUGAAAAGGUGUGAUGUGAGAAAUUGGAUUUCAUUAAAUGAAAUAAUAUUAUCUAUAACUGCAAUGAGGUAGCAUCAGUUAAAAAUAUAAAUAAUAUUUAAGUAAUAUGCCCUAAAGUUUUGUGUUUCAAGAAUUGAUCAGUUUUUGCGGCAAUGCUGAACAUGAGCAAUGCCACCGUUGCCAAUGACGAAUAUGAAGUUAUCGGCGAAGCCCAAUGGCAGACACUGGAAAACAAUGGCGACGAGCAAAUCAUAAAGAUCUAUGGGCUGAAGUAUUCCAAAAUACGUACCAUUUUUUAUCAUUUAUUUUGCAUAUUACUAUGCGGCAUACCUUACUUUAUUUUAGCUUCUUAUCCACGGUACAACCAAUUAAAAUACAUAAAAUGCAGUUUGAAAAUGGCUGAUGCUAUAUGUGUGAUUAGCUCCGACAAGCUGUUUACGAUAGUAAAGGUGGAAGAAGUUGAUCUCAACCUGUCUAAUCACCGGGACAACAAACUUCGCUAUUUCAUCUACCAACACAGCCGGUUCAUCUGGCUUCAUGAUCAGGGCGUCUUUGUAAAUGUUCUGGCACUAAAUGAAAAGAUAACCGUUUCUUUGUUGAUGGAAAAUCUAUCAGGAAUUAACAAAAGGCAGCAAAAUGAAUUAAUCAAACUAUAUGGAGACAAUUCAGUCGAAGUGGAAGUAAAGAGCUAUUGGACUUUGUUCGUAAAUGAAGUGUUCAAUCCAUUCUACCUGUUUCAAAUAUUUUCCAUAAUCCUUUGGUCAAUGGACGAAUACUAUCAGUAUGCUUCGUGCGUCUUUAUUCUCUCAACGGUUUCCUGUAUGCUGGCCUUGUACCAGACAAAACAGAUGAGCAUAAACCUCCACCGGAUGGCAGGCAGCAUGAGCAACUUCACGGUGACAGUAUUGCGUCCGUCGCGCAGCGGCCGCGAGGAGUGCGUGGUGGGGUGCGGGCGUUUGGUGCCGGGGGACGUGCUGGUGCUGCCGCUGGACGGCUGCGUGAUGCCGUGCGACGCCGUGCUGCUCACCGGCACCUGCAUCGUCAACGAGAGUAUGCUCACAGGAGAGAGUGUCCCAGUGAUGAAAGGCCCGCCUUGCCCUUCAAAUGAAAUUUACUCAACGGAAGGCCACAAGCGGCAUACGCUGUUUGCUGGCACUCAUGUCAUACAGACCAGAUUUUAUGGCAAUAAUCAAGUUCUAGCAAAAGUGGUUCGCACUGGAUUCUACACGGCCAAAGGGGAACUGAUCAAGAGUAUACUGUUCCCAAAGCCCUUCGAUUUCCAGUUCUACAAGGAUGCUGUCAAAUUCGUUAUUUUCAUGUUCUGUAUCGCCGCGAUCGGAAUGGCUUAUUCUAUCUGGCUGUAUGUCUUGAGAGGCAGUCACGUAGGCACAAUAGUCCUGCGCACUCUGGACAUCAUCACGAUCGUGGUGCCGCCCGCGCUGCCGGCCGCCAUGACGGCGGGCAUCGUGUACAGCCAGCGGCGGCUCAAGAAGAACAAGAUAUUCUGCGUCUCACCGCCGAGGAUCGUUAUGUGUGGCAAGCUGCAGGUUAUGUGCUUUGAUAAGACUGGUACUCUAACAGAAGACGGGCUGGAUUUUUACUCAGUCAUCCCGGCGCAGUCCACCGAGAAGUUCGGCAAGUGCGUCGUGGAUGUAAAUGAUCUGCCGGCCUCGAGCCCCCUCAUACAAGCGCUGGCCUCCUGCCACUCACUCACCAGCAUCCAGGGACAACUUAAGGGUGACCCUUUGGACUUGAAGAUGUUUGAAUUUACUAAAUGGGUGUUGGAGGAGCCCGGACCAGAGACCACUCGGUACGACAACUUGACGCCGGCCAUCGUCAAGCCCGCCCCCAAUCGUGAAGAGAAAAUGCAUGCUUUGGACGAUUAUGACCCCUUCACUAUGGAGAUUCCCUAUGAGAUUGGUUUGCUACGACGGUUCCACUUCUCUUCGUCGCAGCAGUCGAUGGGAGUCAUUGCCAGAGUACUCGGCCAGCCGCAAAUGGUUUACUUUGUUAAGGGUGCUCCUGAAAAGGUUGCAGGUAUGUGUAAACAAGAGAGUUUGCCAGAAGAUUUCAGCUCGGUCCUCAACGAGUACACAUCAAACGGCUUCCGCGUGAUUGGCUUGGCUUACAAGAAGUUGGACCGCAAAAUGAAAUGGGUGGACGCGCAGCGGAUCAAGAGGGACGCACUCGAGUGUGACAUGACUUUUUUGGGCUUUCUAGUCAUGCAAAAUAGCCUGAAGCCGGAAACCACUCAAGUGAUCAAGGAGCUACACGCAGCCAACAUGCGACAAGUUAUGGUGACAGGGGACAACAUAAUGACGGCAAUGUCCGUGGCCCGCGGCUGCUGCAUGGUGCAGCCGCAUCAGAAGCUGGUGCUCAUCACGGUCGACCAUCAGCAGACAGACACCGACGCCCGCCCCAGGCUCUGUAUGGAGGUUGUAGGUGAAGGCGGACCGCCUAAACUUGCCAUAGAUGCAUACGUACUAGCGUUGGAGGGCAAAACCUGGGCGGUCAUCCGCGCACAUUACCCUGAGUUGAUGCCGGCUAUCUUGACUCGAGGGCUGGUGUUCGGUCGGUUUGGCCCGGACCAGAAGACUCAACUGAUCACAGCUUUGCAAGACGAGGGUCUGAUCGUGGGCAUGUGCGGGGACGGCGCCAACGACUGCGGGGCUCUCAAGGCCGCGCACGUCGGCAUCUCACUCUCGGAGGCUGACGCGUCAGUGGCGGCGCCGUUUACGUCCCAAACUCAAGACAUCAGAUGCGUGAAGCUGUUGGCGCUGGAAGGACGUUGCGCGCUCAGCACAUCUUUCGCCAUCUUCAAAUACAUGGCUCUCUACUCAUUGAUUCAGUUCAUCUCUAUUCUCAUUCUUUAUAAUUUCUUCUCGAUCCUGGGCAACAACCAGUUCCUGUACAUCGACCUGGUGCUGACGACGCUGUCGGCGCUGUCGCUGGGCCGCGCGGCGCCGGGCCCCAGCCUCACGCCCGCGUCGCCGCCCGUGUCGCUGGUGGCGGGCGCCAGCAUCCUGCCGCUGGUGCUGCAGGUGGCGCUCACGCUGCUGCUGCAGCUCGCCGCCGUCUAUCUGCUUUAUGAGCAGACCUGGUUCACCCCAGUGCAAGGCGGUCCCAACGUCGAACAGGUGCUUUGUUGGGAGAAUACGGUGGUGUUCAUCACAUCAUCGUUCCAGUACUUAAUCAUGGCCUGUGUGUAUGCUAAGGGGUGGCCUUUCAGACAACCAUUCUGCCAUAAUUACGCGAUGGUGAUAACUCUACUGACGCAGUCUACUUUCGUGUUAUGUUGCCUGCUGGGCCCGUGGCAGUGGCUGGCGGAUAUGAUGGAGCUGGUGGUCAUGGACUACAACAACCCAGAACAGAUGGUGUUCCGUUUCUAUCUGCUACUAUUGCCUGUGCUGCAUCUCUUGGCGGCCAUCGCUAUAGAGCGUCACGUCGCCUACAGGCUACUCUGUCGGACCCGACGAAAAUAAGUUCCCUGUGCGGGUGGUGGCGCCGACGCCGCGUCGCCGACAAGGAGCAGGGCUCCGGCGACGCCGCGUGCCCGCUGUGGCCGCCGCGGCCGCCGCGGUCGCCGCACCACAUCUGCUGACACCGCUACACACAACUCCUCUGUGACGACGUCUUGUCUCUUUCGUCACUUUUCUAUCUAGGCAUGCUUUUUAUCAACACCAAUCUCCUUUUAGAAACCAUAUCUAUGAACCAUCUUUACAAAUUAAUGGCCGAAUGGUAUGCUAAGUGCACAAUGUAAUAGUGAUUCGAAUAUUUAUUCUUCAUAUUUGUUCUCAGUCAUUUUUGUUCUUCUCGAUUGAAAAUUUCCUGUUUUAUUUCUUAAACAAAUACGUUGUAAGAAAAAAAAAACACCUUGUUAAAAAUUAAUAAAAAGAUCGCCUGGAUAUUAAGGUAACGUAACAACCGAUGUUCUUGAAGCCAGUGAUAUACCUACGUAUAUUUAUAUUUUGAGAUUGUAAAGUAUGCGUUGUUCAUUCGUUAUUUUGACUGGAUUUUAUCCAGAUACCUGUUUAUUUUUAUAGACCUAAAAAGCGAUUAAAUCGCCAAUCAGUUACAUUACUGUAUUAAUUACUUUUUAUGUAAGGUGAGAAUGUAAUAUUACAUUCGUAAAAUUCAACUCACGGAGAUUCGUUUAAAUGUCAAAGUCCGUGCUAAUGGGAAGUGCAAUCAUUAAACUAAUCCUUUGAAUUGAAUUUUAUGUAACGUGAUUAAUAAGUGAAAAGGGUAAAUGUUAGGCAAAGUUAAACCACCAAAAAUAAUUGUUAGAUUAUGAAUAAUAUUUUUAAAAUUAUAACUUUCUGUUAAUAUAAAAUAUAGCAAUAGAAUGACAUAGUGCGCUGUCGGCCAAGCCAAGAAAGAUCUUAAGAACAGUUGUCCAACAAAAUAUAUCAUAUCUGUUAAAAUAAUAUCCGAUUUGUGACUAUGAUAAGAUUUAUAUAUUACCAUUAAUAAUUACGGAACGGUGGCGUUAUGAACAAGAUUUUUAUUUGUGAAAUACGUGUCAUUAAGUAAGUCACAAAAAGUAUUAUGUCCCAAAUCUUGUCCACACAUUUGUAGUCAUCGUAUCGUAAUGAUACAAGAAAAAAUGUGCCGCGUCUUUGCGACUGUACAUUAGACAAUGUAACAACCAGUGAUUUUUGAAUAUUUACGGUUGAAUGGUAGCUUACUGUUGUAAGCAUGGAAAGGCUGUGAUUUUGUAUGUAACAUCAAAGAAGUACGACCCGAAUGUGAGGAAAACCUAGUAAUAUGGUGUAACACUAACAGUUGCGUCCUUUAAUGGUGGUUGAAUGUGGGUUUUGCUUCCAAAAGGCGUUGUUCGUGGUAGGCAAUUCGAGGGUAUAAUAUCUUCAUGUUAUCUUACCAUAGCACAGCAGUGUUUUAAAUGUUUAUAUUAAGUAUACCAGUAUACGUAGCAAACUGGUCAAUUAAGAAUGUAUUGCAGGAAAUUCGUAAUGUUACCAACAUAUAAUAUGAUGAAAUAAUAGUUGAUGAAUCUACUUAUAUUCCACUCGAAUAAUCAGUAUCGGUUCUAAUAGAGAAAAUGUUUCCAGCCAACUCAUAUUUGAGUAAUACGAAAUAUCACUAUAUGAAAUAAAAUAAAUAUGUAUUAAUAAAUUAUCAAAUGAAGUAAAUUAUGUUCCCAGCGGGUUACCUUUAUUUAGAUAGAACUAUAUAUUUAUUUUAACAAUUAUGUUAUGCAGCAUGCAUUGGCUCAGCAUUUUAACCAUUAUUGUCAUCCAUUGUUUAGUAACUAAGAACUUUGAUAUUGUAACUUUGGGCCAAUGUAUGCUGCAUUAUAAUUUUAGAUAUUAUUAGCAAACUUAAAAAAAACUUACGCCCCCUAAAUUAUGUAAUAGCACUUAGGUAAUUUAUAAGUGAAUUCUACAUUGUAUGCAACAAAAUCUUCUAGAUUUUUUGUGGCUAUACCGAAAUAAUAAUUCGUAAUAUGCAUUGCAUUUUUAACUUAUUCAGUACUUAGUUGCGAGUGGUGAUUUACACUCAUAGUGCUUGUGAUUUAGUGCUUUUAUUUUUAUCUAUGAUUGUGUGAACUACUUGCAAUAAUCAAUAAACUAUAUACUGCCCAGAGAUUUAAAGCUUUUAAAUACUUAUAAGUUUUGGCAACACAUUUGGUUACUGCUUUUGCGAUUUAAUUCUAUGGUUUGCAUCUUAUUAGUUUACUGCUUCAUACUUUAUGAUCUAGUAAUUUAAUCGCCAUACGAAAUAAAAAAUUUUUUCUUUUUAUUAAAUCAAUAUUCUACGUAUUUAAAACUAUUCAAUUGCCAAAGCUAAUUUGUUCCUGGUUAAAAAGUAAUAGUUUAUAAAAAAUGUUUGUACUUAUAAUUACUCGUCUUCAUAGCAGAUAUUAAAAUAUUCUGGUAUAAAAAUAGUUAUAUGUAUGGCAUAUUCAAAUACAUAUUAGUUGUCAACUUCGUGUCUGAUGGCAUACAUACAGUUGUCCAACGGACUUGAUAUUGACUCCACAGUCGCUGGUAAAUGUAUUGGAUAAUAUGUACGGCCGGUAGUACUAUGGGCAAGAUGGCCGAAAAUUUACGAUUAGGUAAAUGUUUCGGCAGCUAGUAUCAUCUCACUAGUAGCGAUACCCUUCGUGGAUUUGUCCUCCAGUGUCGUAUUGAACACGAAGUUAACAUCUCAUUAGCUUUAGGAUCUAGCCCAAAAUGUACUAUAGACUGAUUUCUGACAUUACUUCACAAUAUUCAUAGUCGUACUUAUCAUAUUCUAGAUUUAGAUGUCGCAGUGCAUUGCAGUGCUCUCAUACCUAGUACUUACGUAGUAUUCAGAAGUUCCUUAGUAGAAGAUGCAAUUGAUUCGUGCUUUUAUACCAUUCCUUUUUUUUUAUUUAAGAUUUUGUUUGGUGCUUCGUUUGUAGUAUUAUGCUAAGUUUGGCAUUAUGAGCUGUCAGCGCUGAGGAAGGAAGUUGAAUUGUAAUUUGUUACAUGAUAUGAAUGCAUUCAAUGCAAUCAUGUUUGUAAGUUUUAUUAUAGAACUGUUAGUAAAUAAGAUUGUACAACAGCGCUGAUAUAAUACUAUAAAAGGUUUUUUAAAUGAAUUUCAAUCCUUUAGGGUACUUGCAAAGUUUUGAACGAUGUAUUCCCUUUUUGAACUUGUUAUUUAUUGAACUGCAUUAUUGUGGUUCUUUUUAACUCUUAAUAUAAUUGUCUAUAAUAUUUAUAUUUCUCCAAUAUUUGGAAAUUGUUGACUGUUUUGUGUCCAAUUUCACGAUAAUGUAGUUCGAUAUUAAAUUUUACUAAUAAUACGACAUUUUAGAUGGAUGUGACCAUAAAUAAAUGUUUCAAUAAUGCAAA